UAACGUUAGCUCGCCAAUCUGUCUGACGAGCAAUGGAAUCUCCGGUCUGGCUGGAAGUCAGUCCAAGACAGCGAGCUAGCUAGCUAGCGUUAACGAUUAGCUACUUUGCUUGCAUCAGUCCGGCAGUUUAAAAUCCUAGAGCCGGUAUUUGAUUUUCGAUCAAAGAAAGUUUUGCGAUUUAGCUAAGGGGCAGUGUCGAGUGCCCACAACUUGUAGCAGCAAGCCAGCUACGUGUAUUGGAACACACUUUCAAGAAUUAGCUUGCUAGCUGUUUAGCUGCCUAGCUUGUUAGCUAACUAAGUUAGCGGUGUGUUGGAAAAAAAGCACAGCGGACGCAAAGGAGGCAGGGGUGAUAGCUACAAUUCCAACAAAGCCAGCCUGGUGUUUCGGCCUGCAGGGAGAUUCUUUCGGGAAAAGAUCCAAUGAUAGAGGCAGUCAGUUUCAGAUGCAUGGGAUGGCUUUGUCAAUCAUGAAGAGAACCACUCAGCAGGUGGGACCUACAGUAGUUGAGUAGGUGUAGGACGUGUCAUGUGACCUGGACUCUGCUGUGUGUCUCUAUCCUGCGUCUGACGAUGAGUGAGGAGGUCCAGGCCACAGUGGAGUUCUCUGUGGAGCUCCUCAAGUUCUAUAAUGUGGAUCUUUUCCAGAGAGGGUUUUAUCAGAUCCGAGCCCGCAUGAAAGUGCCACCGCGGGUCCCUCACAAGCUGGAGGCCAGCUUGCUACGCUCCUCAGUUUCAGGCUGUGAUCUUGCCCUCCCUGCUGUGGUCCAUGAUGAUGUCAUCCACAGCAAAACCUUUCAGAUCCUUUAUAAGAAUGAGGAGGUUGUUCUCAAUGAUGUCCUGAUUUUCAAAGUGAAGAUGCUGCUGGAUGAAAACAAGGUUGAAGAAUCACUUAAUGAAAUGGACUUCCAGUUGUGUUUAGACCUGCACUUUACUGAUGGGGAUUACUCCCCGGAGGACCUGAGCUCCCUGCAUCUGAUCAGCAGCCGCACGCUCCGACUGCACUUCAGCCCCCCUUGCGGCGUCCACCAGCACCUCAACGUCAUGUUCGAUUAUUUCCACCUGUCCGCCGUCUCUGUUACAGUCCACGGCUCCUUGGUGGCUCUACACCAGCCCCUGAUCAGUUUCCCACGGCCUCUGAAGGGUACCUGGCUGAACCGGAGUGCACCAGCGCAGAGCAGAGACUCACUCAUUCCUGACCUGGAGAGCGUGGUGUUUGGCAGCGGCUACCUUAGGGAGGUCUCUCCAGAGGGCAAUACGUUUGUGGUGUCAGACCACUGUCUGCAGCACGCCUACAGCCUACAUCGGCGCCUGUGUGCCACUCUGCUGCAGGCCUACCAGGGCCUGUUUGGCUAUUUCACCACAGUGACCAAGGACCUGCCUUCCUCACACCGCAUGGAGCUAGCCAAGUCCAGCAUGCAGGUGUUGUAUGAGCGAGUUCUCCGAAAACCCUAUCCCCAAGACCAGCGGUAUGCCUACAUAGAGGAACAUGAUGUUGAGACCCGUCUUUCCGAGCUGUGUGAUCAAGUAAAGAAAGCGCAGCGGCCGGACGAGCUGGCGGAGCUGGUGAACAUGAACCUGGCGCAGCUCUGCUCUCUGCUCAUGGCCCUGUGGGGGAACUUCCUAGAGGUGGUGUCCCUGCAGGAGGAUGUCAUUGUCCUGUUGGCCCUGGAUCACCACACUCUCAGGGUCCGAAGAUUUGCAGAAGCAUUUUUCUGUCUAGAGCACCCAAGGCAAUCUGCUCUGGCAUAUCAAGAGCUGCACGCUCAGAGCCACCUUCAGAUGACCACAGCCAUCAAAAGCUCUGCCUACUUCUUGUCCCUCCCCCCGCUCCCUGUGGAGUGUGCCGACCUGGACGGGGACAUCACCUCUCUGCCAAUCAUCUUUGAGGACCGAUACCUGGAGUCUGUUGUAGAGGAUCGCGAUGGGCCGUGGCAGGGCGCGUCCAGCAGUGAGCCCCGCCUGCAGGCAGCGCCCUCUGGGGGCAGCGAGUCCACCGGGACGAGAAAGAAGGCGGAGACGGAGCACUUGAAGAAGCCCGUGGGCUUGACCUCUGAGGUCCUUACAGCCUCCCAGCCUCAAAAGAAGGGUGCACAGCAACAAGACACUUCGCUAACGGCCUCCCAGAGUCACUCAAGGACCCGCAUCAAGGCAGACAACACAAGUCUCAAUCCUGUCUCUACCACCAACACUAGCGGCCGAAAAGAAGGCCACACCUCUAACGCUUUGGGCGUGGAAGCGGGAAACAAGCUUCAGGCAGGUACUGGAGCCACAGAAAUGCACCAGGGAGAAAAGCCAGAACCUCUGAGCAAAGAGAUGCCCCAGGCAACCAGUGGGCUUAGAACAAUCCAGGUCAAACCAAAUAGCCAGGACCCCUACCGGGGUGAGAAGGUCACUGUCACCCUAAGUCACCAAGACUCAAGUAUGGCGAACAUGUCCGGGCCCCUGCCCGGUGAGGGGUUGGGGGUCACCCCAUUGCACCAGUCAUUGGGCAGAAGAGCCUCUACAGAGGGUCUCUGUAAGGACGGCCCCUGCAGCACCAAUGCCCAGUCCCCCUUCCCGGCCUUAAACCUCCUGCCCUCUGUACAAGGGGCCAAGGGCAGUAAAUCGAGCGUUCCAGGGGACCAGGUUGGGGUAGAGUCUGCCACGGGCCCUGCCCCCGCCGAAACCAGCUGCUUACCCAAGGGAGCUGAGGCCAGCUCUGCUUCCACUGAGGCUCUGGCUUUAGCAGCCACCCCUGUAGGGUGCCCUGACCUCCCAGCAUUUGAGAGCGCUGCUGAGCCCAGCCACGCUCCUGGACCAUCGCCUAAUGACCUAAGCGCCUCUGCUGAUAGCAGCAGCGACAGCGUGAGGCGGGGCCUGGUGGAGAACUAUUUCUGCUCACGCUCCAGCACUGAUGUCUCCGAGAUCAGCCCAGUGGAGGUAGCUGACAUCACCCUGGCCGUCCAGCAGGUGGCAGCAGAGGACGAGGAGUCAGAGCACGAGAUGAUUGAAAAUGGCUAUCAUGAGGAAGGGGGUGGGGCGUACAUGAAUGGGGUGGGAGGAGUGCAGGAAGGGGACAUUUGGGGUCAGAAGCUCAGUCUGGAGCAGUUCUGUGAGGGGGGGGCCCUGCUGGAAGCCCGUGCUGCACACCACCCCUCCCUAUACUCCAGCAGGGGCUGUUUGCAAGGCAGACGCCCGCCUCUGGCCCCAUCCACCUCCAUGUGCUGGUUCGAGAGUAUCCCCAAGAAACAAAGGAAUGCCUUUGUCCAGGCCAAAGAGGGCUUGAAGGGGCUGAAGCUGCCUGGAUUCCUGUACAGCGAAGUUGCACAGCUAGCUUCCAGCAUCCCCUACUUCAUCGGAGAUCUGGACCAAAACUCCGGAGACGACAUCCAUCUCAUCGUGUGUGUCCACGGUCUGGAUGGUAACAGUGCUGAUCUGAGGCUAGUGAAGACCUAUUUGGAGCUGGGCUUACCUGGAGCUCGCAUGGACUUCCUCAUGUCUGAGCGCAACCAGAACGACACGUUCGCUGAUUUUGAAUCCAUGACAGACCGUCUGUUAGACGAGAUUGUGCAGCACAUCCGGCUCUACCACCUCAACGUCUCCAGAAUCAGCUUUGUGGGUCACUCCCUAGGCAACCUGAUUGUGCGCUCAGUACUGAGCAGGCCUGGGUUCAAGUGCUACCUGAGCAAGCUGCAUACCUUCCUGUCCCUGUCAGGGCCACACCUGGGCACUCUGUACAACAGCUCCACCCUGGUCAACACAGGACUGUGGUUCAUGCAGAAGUGGAAGAAGUCUGGCUCUCUGCUGCAGCUGACGUGUCGUGACCAGCCCGACCCUCGCCGGACUUUUCUGUACAGGCUGAGCCAGAAAGCAGGUCUCCAUUAUUUUAAGAACGUAGUGCUGGUGAGCUCCCUGCAGGACCGCUAUGUGCCCUAUCACUCGGCACGAAUUGAGAUGUGCAAACCAGCCCUGAAGGACAGGCAGUCAGGUCCGGUGUACACAGAGAUGAUCCAGAACCUGCUUCUGCCAGUUCUGCAGAACAAAGACUGCAACCUGGUGCGCUAUGAUGUCAUCCAUGCUUUGCCCAACACUACCAACUCCCUCAUUGGCCGGGCUGCCCACAUCGCUGUCCUGGACUCGGAGAUCUUCCUGGAGAAGUUCUUUCUCGUAGCAGGCCUUAAAUACUUUCAGUAGCUGGACCCCACCCUAGGAUGUGGGCAUUACCUCAUGCAUCCGAACAGCAACAUGUCAAUAUCUGUCCAGUUCCUUUUUUAGAUUGGAAGAUAUUUAUACUUUUAUAUGGGAGGGAAAAGAAAAUACGUUUUUAUUAGGGUGUUUUGCAGAUGCGCAGUCUCAUUUUUAUUUUUCUACUGCCGUUUUUAGGGGGUAUUUUGACUGAUUUUUAUCAAUGCACAUUCAUGCCUGUAAGAUUGGUUUCCUUGUUUUACUCAGUGUAAAGAGAUUCAUUUCUCAUUUGUCACUGAGUAAAACAAAGUUAAUGCUGCUACAGAAAUGUAUAUUAUGAGCUGAUCAAGUCAGUUGCUCAUCUUGUCUUCAUCUCAACUUUUCUUAGUUUCUCUCAGAAUAAAAAUGUAUUUUUCUUUCAGUCCCAGCACUACAGUUUAUCAUACUUGUGGAGGAGAGGCUUCAUUCUCUUGAGCAGUUUUAUUUUCAGUUGCAAAAGCAAAUGCUUCCAUAUGUGUGGAAAUGAGGUUGUAUUUCAGAGCAGGAAUGGAUUUGGUUUUUGUUGUGAGGGUUGCAGGGUUAUACUCAACAAUAACCCAGCAGCUUUAUGUCAGUUCAUAAUGGCCCCAGGGGUCUAUUCUCAGAACACUAAUUAUAUGUCAGACAUCCCUUUGAAUUUUAAUUUUUUUUUAAAUUUUAUUCUAUUUUAUUUAUUUUUUCUUCUCAUUAUAUGGUUGAUG